AUGUUAAUCCUGGUGGUCAUUAUCCGCCAAGAUGUCCUUCACCACAAUAUCAUUUCCUACUUCGCUCCCGUCCUCGUCCAGCCGGCGGGCUCUGUACACACGAGUACCCCGACCAUGCAAUCUAAGUGCCCCAGAGUCAGACAGUAUGUCGGAUGUCCGAAAGACCACAACCUCGCCAUUCUUGGCACGCCCAAAGUGCAUCCCGACUAG